UUUUCAUUCGCAAGCUGUAUAUAUUUAGUCGUAAAACUGGACUGUUGCCCACCGGUCUAGCAUUGCUUUCUCCAUGGCCCUCAGCGAUGCUGAUGUGCAAAAGCAGAUGAAGCAUAUGAUGGCUUUCAUUGAACAAGAAGCCAAUGAAAAAGCAGAAGAAAUAGAUGCAAAGGCAGAAGAAGAGUUCAACAUUGAGAAAGGUCAGCUUGUGCAAACCCAAAGACUGAAGAUUAUGGAAUACUAUGAGAAGAAAGAGAAGCAGAUUGAGCAGGAAAAGAAAAUUCAGAUGUCCAAUUUGAUGAAUCAAGCAAGGCUCAGAGUCCUCAAAGCAGCAGAUGACCUUAUCACAGACCUACUAAAUGAAGCAAAACAGAGACUUGGCAAGGUGGUAAAAGAUACAACCAGGUACCAGGUGCUGCUGGAUGCACUGGUCCUCCAGGGUUUGUACCAGUUGCUGGAGCCCUGAAUGAUUGAUUGUUGCAGGAAACAGGAUUUACCUCUGGUAAAGGCUGCAGUGCAAAAGGCGAUCUCUAUGUACAGAAUUGCCACUAAAAAUGAUGUUGAUGUCCAAACUGAUCAGGAGGCCUACCUGCCUGAGGACAUGUAAGGAAUAUUCCUGCUGCUAACAGCUUCUCUCCCUGGGAGAAUACCCUUUAUAUGGGCCUUUAUUUUAAAGCAUGUUUUUUCCAAUGCACUCUUAGCCACAAGAAUAGAGCCAUGGUUGUGUUC